AUGGGCCACAAGAGCAGCAAACUCAGUGAAAAGAAGAUGAAGCUCAUUCUUUCUCAAACCAAAUUCACCGAGCAAGAGAUUCUCAACUGGCAUCGAGGAUUCCUCGUUGAUUGCCCAACUGGCGCUCUGUCCAGAUCCGAGUUUUCGACAAUUUAUUCAAUCAUGUUUCCGAAUGGCGACAUUUCUACCUUCACGCAGGUUCUUUUCGACAGGACUGAUAUCAACAACGAUGGGCAUAUUUGCUUCGUCGAGUUCAUCAGCACAAUGUCAGUCAUGGCAAGAGGAAGCCUUCACGAGCGACUGACCUGGCUUUGCGAGAUUUUCGACCAGAACGGGGAUGGGAUUCUCGACAAGAGCGAGCUCAUCGACCUCAUCAAGGCGAUGGUGGCACUGACCGGCGGAAAAGUAUGCCAGGAAGCAGCAAACGACAAAGCAAACGAGAUCUGGAAGAGCCUCAAAAAGGAAUCUGAAAUCGGAAUUCCCAUGGAAGACUUUGUCAAAGCGACAAAAGCGCGCACCCUCCUAAAAUCUCAGCCAUAA